AUGGAGGACGGAUUUUUUCAGACCGUGUUCAACUUUGCCAUCAGCAGAGAUAAAAAACUGGAAGAAAUUCACAGCUCAAUUCCACGCAACGCAAAGUAUACGUCACCUGAAAUCCAUAAUCAAAUUCUCGGUCUACUCGCAAAAACUAUCCAGCAAAGAAUCCGAAAUGAAGUUGGUGAUAAGAAGUAUACAAUAAAGGUGGAUGAAACUCGCGAUAAGUGCAACCGUGAAAAUCUGUACUUAUGUGUGAGGUACUUGCAAGACGGAAAUAUUGUUGAACAUCUACUUGCAGUUAUUCAAGUUUCCAGUUUUGACGCACAUUCCUUGAUUGUCUCCAUCAUAGCAAUACUUCAAGAGCAUAGCUGCAGUUUGGAAAACGUUCUUAGCCAAUGCUAUGAUGGAGCUAGUGGGAUGUCAGGACGAUCUGGGGGUGUUCAAAAACUUCUCCAGGAAAGACUGUGCCAAUCUGUCCCCUACGUGCAUUUCCUAAACCACCAGCUACACCUUGUAGUUGUGCAUACGAUUUCGGCUGCAGAUGUUAACGUGGACGCCUUUUUUGGCACUUGCAACAUCCUGUACAACUUCAUACAUAAGCCAACUGUGUCUGUUCACUACACUGGGCAAGCACUGAAGCGACUGUUGGAACACCGGUGGACUGGCCACCUAGCUACUGUGAAAGUCAUAACUGGAUCAUAUAAAGCUAUCUUGACGAUUCUGUCAGACAUUGCCACAAAUGAGAAUAACACAUUCGUACCUGAAUUAGUGGUGGAGAUAAUCGGAUUGUUGAAGCUGAUCAAAAAGAAACCCUUUCUGUUCCGUGUUGUAGCUAUCCACAAAGCAUUGAGUAUACUAACUCCUGUCAACAUUCAUCUACAAUCAGUCAGUAUCAAUCUGAUGCAGGCCUUGAUGCUGAUAUCAUCUUCGCGAGCAUCCAUUGCUUUGUUGAGAACCGAUGAAACAUUUAUCACUUUGCUAGAUGAAGUUAAGCUAAUUCUGCAAAAUACUGCAGGUGAUGAUAACAGUGUAACAGUACAAGACCAUCAGCCUAAAGAAAGGAGAAGACGUCGUGAAAACUCUGGUUUCAAAGACUACAUUGUUGACCAUCUGCACAGAGAUAACACCAAUUUAUCAGAAAAUGAUAACCUCAAACGAUCGUGGUUCUGUCUAAUUGACAGUAUCCUGUUUGAGCUUGAUGAACGUUUCUCGGAAAAAAAAUCGCAUCUUAUUUGUGCCAUGGAGUCACUAUAUCCCGAAUCAGAACAUUUCUUUGACAAAGACCGAAUGGGAUUUCUCGCAGACUUGAUCGGCCUUGAAAUGGACAGCUUUGUUUUGGCUCAAAUUGAUGUUGCCAAAAAUAUAUCAGUGACCACUGGAGGAAAAACGACAAACAUAACCUUUUGUCUGUUUUGCAACAGCUUUUCCAUUUGA